UAAAUCUUCCUCGAUUCAGAUAAGCAUCUUCAAUUUGGCUGUUGAAGAAAAGACCUGGAAAAUAAACUCCUGCAACGUGUUARAUUGUGCUGUGCUACAAAACAUGGGAUAUCCUGUCGCCCAUCUCCUCUGCAUGAUGUGGACUGGGGCAAGGCUGCUGAGGAUACAGCUGAUUAGGUCUGUCGCAGCUGUGCAGCUCUCCUGAACCCAGGCUAAUUCAGCUGGGAGGACAUAAAAUAAAAAGAAAUCAUGAACUAAACCACUUCCUGGAAGGACCAGGGAGGGUCAAGUGCCUUUUCUUCAUAGGUCAGUGUAGGUGACCAAGUGCCAGCUACAUCUGUGCUCUGGAGUACUAGGAUGCAAACCCGGGUCCCGUUCAGUUACUGUUCUGAUGCAACCUCCACCUCUCAUCUGAUGUAACAUCUCCAGAGACUGCUCCAUGACCUUGGGACUGCAGCUGGAUGCUUUGCUACUCCCCCCUGCCUUAUUUCAACAUCUCAAGGCACCUCAUUCAAAGUCCACUCUUGAGCGUUAUUUUUUUGAGCUCUGCUGUGUGACAGACUCAGGGGCUUUAAUCCAGGAUGAACGAAUGCUACUAUGAUAGACGCAUGGACUUUUUCUAUAACAAGACAAACACUGACACAGUAGAUGAGUGGACAGGGCCAAAGCUUAUUGUUGUUCUGUGUUUUGGGACGUUUUUCUGCCUCUUCAUUUUUGUUUCAAAUUCAUUGGUCAUAGCAGCUGUGGUAAAGAACAAGAGGUUUCAUUUUCCUUUUUACUAUCUCUUGGCCAAUUUAGCUGCUGCAGACUUUUUUGCUGGCAUUGCCUAUGUUUUCUUAAUGUUCAACACUGGCCCAGUGUCUAAGACAUUAACUGUUAACCGCUGGUUUUUGCGUCAGGGUCUUCUGGAUACCAGCCUGACAGCUUCUCUGGUGAACCUCCUCGUCAUAGCUGUUGAGCGGCACAUGUCAAUAAUGCGGAUGAAGAUCCACAGUAACCUCACAAAGAAGAGAGUCACCUUUUUAAUUAUAUCAAUUUGGUCCAUUGCUAUUUUUAUGGGUGCUGUUCCUACCCUGGGUUGGAACUGCCUCUGUGACAUUACAGCCUGCUCAUCCCUGGCCCCUAUUUACAGCAGAAGUUACUUGGUGUUCUGGAGUGUCUUAAACCUCGUAGUUUUCUUCAUUAUGGUGGUGGUUUACAUAAGAAUCUACAUGUACGUCCAGAGGAAAACAAAUGUCUUGUCGUCGCACACUAGCGGAUCCAUUAGCCGUAGGAGGACCCCAGUGAAGCUUAUGAAGACAGUCAUGACCCUCUUAGGUGCCUUUGUGGUCUGCUGGACCCCUGGCCUGGUGGUUUUACUGCUCGAUGGUCUGAACUGCACCCACUGUGGGAUUCAGCACGUUAAGCGGUGGUUCCUCCUUCUCGCCUUGCUGAACUCUGUCAUGAAUCCAAUAAUUUAUUCAUACAAAGAUGAUGAGAUGUGGGGCACCAUGAGGAGGAUGAUUUGUUGCUCUUCCGAUGACAGGAGCCAGGAGAGACGCUCCUCGCGGAUCCCUUCCACAGUGCUGUGCAGGAGCACGGAUGCCACGGGGCACUACAUCGAGGACAGCAUAAUCCAAGGGACUAUCUGUGGAAAAGGAGACCUUGGUGAGAAAGGGAACUCCUGAGCUGUUCACGGACUGGCCUGGCUGAGAAAAGAUGGGGGAAGGGAGAAGAAGUUUUGUAAGAGGAGAUUGACUGGCAAAGCUGGUAAACAAUGUAACCACAUUGUUCCCGGAGCCAAACAGCAGUGUUAACAAAAGUUCUUAUAAAUAAUUGCCCGGUGGGAAAGCACACUGUAUGGAAGAAAACCUUCUGUGCCGCCCUCUGCCUCUCCUUCCCUCUCUCCCUCCUCCUCCUUUUAAGUACAUGAAACUGUUCAUGUCUGUGGAAUAGAUAUGUCUGGGACCCUUGUUGUGCAUGGACACAAGUUGUAAGCAGUACAGUGAGACCCUCCUGCAGAAAGAAUAAACCUGCCUUGCAGUGGAGUUCUGGYAUUCGUCGAGUAUUUGUGCAUUCAGCUGGCUUUAUUUUGAGGAGGAUUGUAGACUGGGUUGGUCAAGAUUGUGACCUGUUUGCUUUUGCUGUUUAUGAAGUUCAUGAAAUACUUCAUACUUCUCUCUUCCUUCUCCUACUUUCAAAAUUAGUAGCUUAGGUUAUUUAAACAAUGCCAGAAAUUUGACUGUAAUGGGAAGCCCAGAAUAGAUACCAGUGAGUGAGUGUAUCAAACCCAUCGCAAAUGGUCAGGAUGUGACAGUCCACAAAGCUCCAAAGCUGUUAUUACUUUCAUGGGGGAGGAUGAAUCAAUGCAAGGAGAUAUAUUGCACACUUUGCUGCUGUCCUAUAGGCAGGAGGGUGGAAGAAUAGGAAACCAAUGUGGCUGUAGGGGGAAAUGGACUUGACUCACUUUUUGCUUCCCCAAGUAAUAUAAAACAGGUGUGGUGCCCCUCUUAAAACAUUAUGAGACUGAGAUAAAUGAUAUCCAAAACCCUGUUCUAAAAGACAAACUUCUAAGGGGCAUGUUUAAAUGCAUAUAUAAUGUAUGUUCUCAGGUAUAUCAAAUAUAGAAGCUCAAUUAAGUUAUUGAAAAUAAAAAUUAACUUACAACAACAAAAAACCUACUAGGAUAUAGUUUCAGUAAGUUUUUUACCGUGCCAUGACUGGACUAAUUUUAACCCAUGAUUUGGAAGAAAAUCUCCCUAGAAGAUACUUGAGGAAGAGGCCGUGAAACAASAAGCUGUGAAGGGUGAAAUUUCAGCAUUGUGGGUAAUCAGGCUCAAUGUGGAAUGCAGCUGCAGUCCCAAAAGCUGAAGCUUAACCUAUGAAAUGUGCUCUAAUUUAUCUAMUAUCUACCUAUUUAAAGUGCUAGCAUAAGGUUUUGGAUUUAAACUUUUAAUUUCUAAUUGGAAGGUAGAUGUCUCGGUACUCUGAGAAYCUAUCUAGUCUCUGACUUCAGAAGUCGCAAGCGUUUCCUAGAGAAAAACUGAUCUAUGGCAUUAUACCAGGUGAGCAAAAACAGUGGUGACUUUGGACCRUGUUAGAAGCUUUGGUCAUUGGGAAUGGGCAGAGAACAGCACGUGCUGUACGAGGCUGAACGAUAAGCUGUGGCUAGGCCAAAUUCCUCUUUUGGUACCACC